AUGCAUAGGAAUAUUUAUGCACACAUAUACCUCUCUUCUCUCUCUCUCUCUCUCUAUCUCUCUCUCUCACUAUCUAUCUAUCUAUCUAUCUAUCUAUCUAUCUAUCUAUCUAUCUAUCUAGAUAUAUGUGUAUGUAUAUGCAUAGUGAAUCUUCUCUCUCUCUCUCUAUGUAUUGUAUGUGAAUAUAUAUACACAUAUAUACAUCUAUACAUAAAUAUACUUAUACAUCUAUCUAUCUAUCUAUCUAUCUAUCUAUCUAUCUAUCUAUCUAAGUAUUUAAACACUUUCUUUCUUUCUUUCUUUCUUUCUUUCUUUCUUUCUUUCUUUCUUUCUAAUACUCUUUACUUGCAUUUUUCUUCAUUUUUCUCAAUCACUGUUCCCUAUCGAUCCCUCCUUCUUUCCUUCCUUCCUUCCUUCCUUCUUUCCUUCCUUUCUUUCUUUCUUUCUUUCUUUCUAAUACACUUUACUUCCUUUUUUCUUUCUUUUUCAGUCAGUUUACUUUCUAUUACUCUUUUCUUCCUCCCCUGUCUUUCUUUCUUUCUUUCUUUCUUUCUUUCUUAUUUUUCUUUCUUUCUUUCUUUCUUAUUUUUCUUUCUUUCUUCCCUUUUAACAGUCUUCCUUUCAUGUACUGCAUAUCUUUCUUUCUUUCAUUCUCUUUUGUUUUCCACUCUCCAGUCUUUCUUUCUUUCUUUCUUUCUUGCUUUCUUUCUUUCUUUCUUGCUUUCUUUCUUCAUUUUUUAUUUCUUAAUGCAUUUCUCACCCUUUCCCCCUUUUUAUCAAAUUAAGAUGAAUUUCUGCUUUUAUUCACCUUUCUUUAUCCUCUCUCUUUAA